AAUUUCGUUUGCAGACUUCCAGUUUCAUCAUUUCCAAGCGAAAACACGCGCAAUCGAUAUUUUAUUCUCGUUUCGUUUCAUAAGACUGCGGCAGUCCGUGUGUGCGGUGUGUUCGUCUAGUUAAAGUUCAGUAUUCUAACCUUAGCUGAACUCUACGGUCACCUUCCGUAAUCGGAAAGUUUAUUUGAAUCUAUUUCUAGUAUUAAAUUCUUUACCUAUGAUAGCGUGUCCGAUAAUAUAUUAAGGGAAUUGUAAUACGCGAGUGUUUUACUUGUUGAAAAUCGUGAUUAGACAGUGAUAAUUGAUAUUCUGCGUCUGAGUACAAAGUCGGCAGAAUGGCUGAGACUAGAAUGAAUGGGCAUCAAGUACAUGAAGAGCUUCCGCCGGGAUACAAGGUAGAAGAAAUUGAAAUUGAAGUACCAUGGGGCCACGUCGCUGGUCGAUGGUGGGGCCCUCGUGACAAGCAGCCAAUCAUUGCCAUCCACGGCUGGCAAGAUAAUGCAGGCACUUGGGACAACCUGAUCCCCUUAUUGCCCGUCACCACGUCAGUUCUCUGCAUAGAUUUGCCCGGUCAUGGUCUAUCGACACAUUAUCCAACCGGCAUGCUUUACUACAUCUUCUGGGACGGCAUAGUUCUUCUAAGAAGAAUUGUCAAACACUUCGAAUGGACUAACAUCACCUUAAUGGGUCACUCUCUCGGUGGCGCGCUCAGUUUUAUGUACGCAGCUUCCUUCCCUGACGAAGUAGCGAAAAUCAUUUGCGUCGACAUCGCAAGUCCAGCUGUUAGGGAACCCGCUUCAAUGGUAAAGAAUACAGGCGGGAGUAUCGAUAAAGUCCUCCAGUAUGAGAAUCUACCAAUCGAUAAAGUACCUUGUUACAAUUACGAAGAAAUGAUCGAUAUUGUGUGCGAUGCGUACAAAGGGUCCAUCUCAAGGGAGAAUUGCAAGGUUCUUAUGAAGAGGGGUAUGAUGCCGACUCCAGCUCAUUUGAAGAAGCCAGGUUAUUUCUUCAGGAGGGACCCUAAACUAAAAGUAUCUGGUCUUGCAAUGAUGUCAAUAGAAACUGCUUUGGAAUACGCUGCUAAAGUCAAGUGUAAAGUUUUAAACAUUCGUGCGUUGCCCGGUGAAAGAUGGGAGAAGUUGGACUAUUAUAUGAGCGUGAUUGAAAAGAUGAAGGCUACGGCUGAUGUACGGUACGUGGAAGUUGAGGGAACUCACCACAUCCACUUAGAGGCUCCUCACAAAAUAGCCGAUAUCGUGGAAGAUUUCCUAGAAGAAUAUUAGUUUAGACUAGCUUUAUGCUAAUGUGAUAUUUUAUGUGAUGCGCAAACGCACUGUAGUUAGGCACAGUUGAGGAACUGUAGUAUUCAAGUAUUUUUGAAAGCACUUGUAUUUCCUGUAAUUUCCCUUCUUUUAAUUUAAAUUAAUCCGUCUUUAGAGUCGUAGUUCAAAAGAAACUGAAGUUAGCAAUUCAAUCUAACCAAAUGCUAUUAAAAAUGUCGCUUACACCAAAGUGCAACGGGAGUUGUAAAAUCAUCUAAAUACAAAUUUCUUCAAAUCCUUUUGUUACCUUGUAUAGUGUAAGUAAUGGGCUAUGAUGAAUGAAAUACCUAAAUAACACAAAUAUAUAGUUAAAAUCUGUUUAUUGUCACAAAUAACUUACUUUAGCUUAAGUAAACGUCCUAUAUCUAGGAUUAGGAAAAUAAUAAAAUACUUACCUACAUGUAUGUAUAUAAUAUUGCGUGUAGAAAACAUAGGCACGAAGAUUUUUUUUAAAAUGUCUCAAUAAAUUACUUAAAGAAUGUAACUUAACCUUGAAAUAGGUUAAAAGAAAUGCUCUAUUUUGAAUUUGUAAUGCGAUGUUCCGUAACGCAAGUCUUAUAUUUACGUAAUUAACAUUUUCUUUUGUAAGGUCAAUAAGGUUGUGUGACGUGGGAAAGAGAAUUUUGUGGGCAAAGUAAAUAUCUUCGAUAUUUUUAUAAGGAACCUUGUGUCCGAAUAUUAAAUGAAUGAUGGCUUUUAUAGUGUGAUAAGGAAGAAUUAUGCUUUGAGAUAGUAAGAAUAAGUAUCCAUUGUUUUAAACAUUGUGACAAGAAAGUGGUCUAACUAAAGUAACAUAAUUUGGUCCUUAGUUCCGCAUGAACAAAUAUUGCUUAAAAAAAUUGUGGUAAAAAAAAAUUGUACUUGUAAGAAGGAAUAUAAUUGUGUAGGUAUAUUAAUGCAAGAAACUAUUGAGACAGAUAUCAUAAUGGGUAGUAUUUUACUUAACCAUUUAGUGGUAGAGAUUCGUAAUAAUAAUUAUUAUAGCUACUUGGGGGCGGCAAAUUCAUUAAACAAAUCAUUUUGACAUUAAGGGCCGAUUUUUAGAUUGCCAGAUACCUAACUUUAAUCUGAAGAAUAUGUUUGACGUUAAACAGCUUUUGUAUAGUAUACCUACUAAUGGCCCGCGGUACAUGUUUCGCUACGUAGUUAGUAUAUAUACCUAGUCCACCUUUGUGUUACAAAAAAUCUGAUAAAUAAAGAACCGCUCUAUUAUUUGCGCAAACUUCACAUAAACCAUUUACUAAAUAGUCCGAAAAAGCAUCAACAUUUGGUUUGGAUAGGUGAGCCUGUUCUUCACUAGGUACAUAGUAUAAAACAAAGUCGCUUUUUGUGUCCCUAUGUCCCUUUGUACCUACUCUUAAAUCUUUAAAACUACGCAACCGAUUUUCAUGCGUUUUUGUUUUAUCAGAUAGAGUGUUUAAAGAGGAAGGUUUAUAUGUAUAAUAACAUCCAAUAAAUAUUGGGGAAAUACUGGUAAUCCCGUGCGAAGCUGGGGCGGGUCGCUAGUAAGUUAUAUUACCUACAACAAAAAGUGUAAUGUCACUUAUUACGUCAAACCGCUGUACCUAUUUAUUCCUCAGAUAAAACUUAACCGGUGAUUGAAAAAUCGGCCUUAAUAGCACUGACAUAGAUUACAACGUACAAAUAAGUAGGUGUGAAAUUCUAUUGUCAGUCCCGAUCACAAUGCAUGUACAUGAUCAGAAACGUUGAUGAAAUAGUGUAAUUUUAUUCUAAUUAAGUUUUAAUUUAUUUGUUAGACGGCUAAGUGUAUUCAUUUGAGUGUAACUCGUUGCGUUUAACGUGAGCGAACGAUUUUUGUGUAGUUUGAAUGUCUGUGGUAAAUGUCCGAAAGUACUACAUCAUAAGAAUGUUAAUAACUAUUAAUGGAAAAACACAUAUAAGUCUAAAGUUUGACGAAACCAGUAUAGAAGCUUCAUUUGUCUAGCCAUUUCCCAACUAUGUUGGGGUCGGCGUCCAGUCUAACCGGAUGCAGCUGCACACCAGUGGUUUACAAGGAGCGACUGCCUAUCUGACCUCCUUAACCCAGUGACUUUGGCAACCUUAAGUAUAGAAGCUACUUACAUUUUUAAAAAAAGUUCUCCAAUUUAAAAUUCUUCCAAUUUUCUGAUAGGCAUUUGUUCUCUUGAUUGUCUUCUACUUCUAUAAAAAUAGUAUCUUUUGUAAUAAAUGCAGUAAUUAUUUUACUUCUGCCAAAACCCUUUUUUGUGUUACUGUUCAUUCCAUAUUUGUGACGUCAUAAUACAUGUUAUUGCAGUUUCUAGGUUUAAAAAUAGAUAUUCCGUCGCAUGGGUACAAUUUAAGUGUUAAUAUGAAAAUAAAUGACCUUUUUUGUAAUAAUUAUAAAAUUCUGGCUAGCUCAGAAAUUCAUGACAGGAUUUUUAAAUACAUAACAAAAUAUUUUUAUAAUAUUAUAUGACACGGCUUGGUAGAAAUGUACCAUUGGCUUAGUGAGUGAAAUUUUAAAUGAAACUACAGCUUUCGCACCGUAACGAUUUAUUAAAAUUAUUUAUUUUGUAACAAAAAACUGUAGUAUUAAAAUUCACAACGUUAAAUAAAACUGUUAAACUUA